CAAAUAAUCCAUCAGGAAAACAUAAUAUGAAAUGAAUAAAAAUUUGUUGUAAAUUAAUUUUUACCUCCAUUUGUUGACACGUUCACUAACACACACACUGUGUUAUAACAUGGUCCAACCAACUGAAAGAGUGUUUUAAAGUGCUGGGCAAUAUUGAAGUGGUUCGGUAGCUAAAGAGGAAAUAACGGAAUCCAAAAAUGGAGGAGGCUAAGCCUGUAGUGUUAACAAAGCCUGUGAGAGGAAGAGAAAUGCUGUCCAAAAAAGGCCCUUUACAUAAAGUUGCCCCUGCUGGAUCCAUUGAACCUGAAAAGCACGAUAAGAAAAGAAUUGAGACAUACUACGAGGGUUAUGUCGACGGUCAACUCUUCUUGGUUCCGGACAGUAAUCUAGAAGCAAUGAAGGAUAUGAUUAAUUUCAAAAUGAGACCAAAGACGAGCAUAAGGUACAAACACCAAACAUCCUACGACAUCCAAUAUUAUGACCAGUUUACAGAAAAGCUGAAUGAGUUGUUGUCAAAAAUAGACGACUUCCAUGAUUCUGGAGAUAUGGACCCUAGAAAGUCCACUGUGAGAGAAAGUUCUGACCUCAGCAUUGAGAGCUCCGAGGAUAAAGGAAAACCGGAAGAACUGGCAGUACUUAAAGAGGAAGUAGAAGAAAUCAAAAGAAGUACAAGUAGCAAAAGGGAGAUGGAGGAUGAGGCGAGAAACACUAAGAGAAUUGAAUAUGGUACAAGUGACAAUACAAGCAAGGUAGGGGAAAUUGAGGAUAAAGUGAGUGUUAAAGAGGAUGUUGAAGAAAGUAAAAGCAAAAAAGAAGAAAUUAAUGAAGAACCAAUUGUUAGCACCGAGUCAAUAAAAAGUGAAAUUGAGCAGAUUGAAAAACCAAUUGUUAGGACCGAACCAAUAAAAAGUGAAAUUGAGCCGAUUGAAAAACCAAUUGUUAGGACCGAAUCAAUAAAAAGUGAAAUUGAGCAGAUUGAAAAACCAAUUGUUAGAACCGAAUCAAUAAAAAGUGAAAUUGAGCGGAUUGAAAAACCAAUUGGUAGGACCGAAUCAAUAAAAAGUGAAAUUGAGCCGAUGGAAAAACCAAUUGUUAGGACCGAAUCAAUAAAAAGUGAAAUUGAGCAGAUUGAAAAACCAAUUGUUAGAACCGAAUCAAUAAAAAGUGAAAUUGAGCGGAUUGAAAAACCAAUUGUUAGGACCGAAUCAAUAAAAAGUGAAAUUGAGCCGAUGGAAAAACCAAUUGUUAGGACCGAAUCAAUAAAAAGUGAAAUUGAGCGCAUUGAAAAACCAAUUAUUAGGACCGAGUCAAUAAAAAGUGAAAUUGAGCCGAUUGAAAAACCAACUAUUAGGACCGAGUCAAUAAAAAGUAAAAUUGAGCAGAUUGAAAAACCAAUUAUUAGGACCGAGUCAGUAAAAAGUGAAAUUGAGCAGAUUGAAAAACCAAUUAUUAGGACCGAGUCAAUAAAAAGUAAAAUUGAGCAGAUUGAAAAACCAAUCGUUAGCACCGAAUCAAUAAAAAGUGAAAUUGAGCAGAUUGAAAACCCAAUUAUUAGGACCGAGUCAAUAAAAAGUGAAAUUGAGCAGAUUGGAAAACCAAUUGUUAGCACCGAGUCAAUAAAAAGUGAAAUUGAGCAGAUUGAAAAAGCAAUUGUUAGCACGGAGUCAAUAAAGAGUGAAAUUAAGGAGAUUGAAAACCCAAUUGUUAGCACCGAGUCAAUAAAAAGUGAAAUUGAGCAGAUUGAAAAACCAAUCGUUAGCACCGAAUCAAUAAAGAAUGAAAUUAAGCAUAUUGAAAAACCAAUUGUUAGGACCGAAUCAAUAAAAAGUGAAAUUGAGCAGAUUGAAAACCCAAUUGUUAGCACCGAGUCAAUAAAGAGUGAAAUUAAGCAGAUUGAAAAACCAAUUGUUAGCACAGAGUCAAUAAAGAGUGAAAUUAAGCAGAUUGCAAAACCAAAUGUUAGGACCGAAUCAAUAAAAAGUAAAAUUGAGCAGAUUGAAAAACCAAUCGUUAGCACCGAAUCAAUAAAAAGUGAAAUUGAGCAGAUUGAAAAACCAAUUAUUCGGACCGAGUCAAUAAAAAGUGAAAUUGAGCAGAUUGAAAAACCAAUCGUUAGCACCGAAUCAAUAAAGAGUGAAAUUAAGCAGAUUGAAAAACCAAUUGUUAGCACCGAGUCAAUAAAGAGUGAAAUUAAGCAGAUUGAAAAACCAAUUGUUAGGACCGAAUCAAUAAAAAGUAAAAUUGAGCAGAUUGAAAAACCAAUUGUUAGCACCGAAUCAAUAAAAAGUGAAAUUGAGCAGAUUGAAAAACCAAUUAUUAGGACCGAGUCAAUAAAAAGUGAAAUUGAGCAGAUUGAAAAACCAAUCGUUAGCACCGAAUCAAUAAAGAGUGAAAUUAAGCAGAUUGAAAAACCAAUUGUUAGGACCGAAUCAAUAAAAAGCGAAAUUGAGCAGAUUGAAAACCCAAUUGUUAGCACCGAGUCAAUAAAGAGUGAAAUUAAGGAGAUUGAAAACCCAAUUGUUAGGACCGAGUCAAUAAAGAGUGAAAUUAAGCAGAUUGAACAACCAAUUGUUAGCACCGAGUCAAUAAAGAGUGAAAUUAAGCAGAUUGAAAAACCAAUUGUUAGGACCGAAUCAUUAAAAAGUGAAAUUGAGCAGAUUGAAAACCCAAUUGUUAGCACCGAGUCAAUAAAGAGUGAAAUUAAGCAGAUUGAACAAACAAUUGUUAGGACCGAAUCAAUAAAAAGUGAAAUUGAGCAGAUUGAAAUCCCAAUUGUUAGCACCGAGUCAAUAAAGAGUGAAAUUAAGGAGAUUGAAAACCCAAUUGUUAGGACCGAGUCGAUAAAAAGUGAAAUUGAGCAGAUUGGAAAACCAAUUGUUAGCACCGAGUCAAUAAAAAGUAAAAUUGAGCAGAUUGAAAAACCAAUUAGGACCGAUUCAAUAAAAAGUAAAAUUGAGCAGAUUAAGUCUGAAAUUGUAGAAGAGUUAGAAAAAGAAUAUGUUUCAGUAUAUCCUAAACCAUUUUCUGGAUCACAGUCCUCUAGAUCAGAUGAACUAGAUGUAUCAGAUGAACCUAAGGAAGAAUUGCCAAGUAUUCUAAAGCAGUUUAAAAUUUUCCUAAUCUAUUUUACAAUAGAAGAUAUAAUUCUAAAAAUGGAUGACUACGUAGAACCGGUUGUUCAAGAAAAGCCUAUGAGAGGGAGGGAAAUGAAGACUAAUAUUGUUCCAACAGACAUGUUUGAUACGAUGAAGUUAUUCUCAAGCAAAAAAACACAUAGGGAUACGAAUCUAGUUCCUGAAUUACAAACAAAGAGUGAGAAAACAGCUGAGUUAUACCAUGAGGGCUAUGUAGACGGAAAACUGUAUUUGGUGCCCGACAGUAAUCUUGAAGCAAUGAGAGACAUGAUCAAUUUCAAGAUGAAACCGAGAAGGAGUACUCGUUACAAACAUCAAACAUCGUUUGAACUAACUGAUUAUGACCAUUUUCGAGGGAAAUUACACACUCUUCUGGAGAAGAUAGAAGAGGUUGAGUCCGAAUCAGAAGAAGAAGAGGAUGAGGAAGAAGAGAAAGAAGAGGAGGAAGAAGAAGAUGAAAAAGAGGAAGAGGAGGAAAAAGAAGAAGCGGUAGAGGAGGAAAAAGAAGAAGAAAAAGUAGAGGAGGAAAAAGAAGAAGAAAAAGUAGAGGAGGAAAUAGAAGAAGAAAAAGUAGAGGAGGAAAAAGAAGAAGAACAAGUAGAGGAGGAAAUAGAAGAAGAAAAAGUAGAGGAGGAAAAAGAGGAAACAGAAGAAGAGGAGGAGCACAAAGAAGAGCUUCCUUUAUACCCAAAGGAAGAAAAAGUAGAGGAGGAGGAGGAGGAAGAGGAAGAGGAAGAGGAAAAGCCACCUCUAAAACCAAUGGCUCCAAACUGUUUACGAUUCCUAAUAUCUGGGCACUUCCAAAAGGGUAAAAAACCUAUAUACAUAAUACAGGAUUAUAGAGGGGGACCUGACUUGUUCAAAGAUCAAAAAGCUGACUUUUACACCAAACAAAAGGAGGAUGAUGUUGACCUCUGUAUAACUGGACGAUUCUACGAUGAAAGAAUCCUCGAGGAGCACCAAGGCAAACCAAAAGCUUUAAAUAUUAAACCCUACAAAAUAUUAAUUGACGAAAAAACUAGUAAUGUAUAUGAUGAUUAUUUUGAACAAGUUUAUAAAUUCAAUUCUGCUGAUGUUUCAUUAAAAGGCGAAUUCAUAAAGAGUAAAAUCACCAAAAAAAUUACACCUUUUCUUACGUUAGAUGUCAAACAGAAAUAUCCAGCUGAGCCUAAUAUCAAAAGCGAAGGGGAAAAGAAUUAUAAUGGGAAACCAUCGACAGCUGUUUUAGUAUAUAAACCGGAAUAUAACAAUCCGUUUGCCAAAGGUGACAAAAAUCAAAGUACAGCCUCAGUGUUUAAUGGCCACGAUACUGCAAGUGAUGCAUUGGUGUUACAAUCUACAAUAGCAGUAAUGCCUGCAAUAAUAGAUAGAAAUGAACAUCCAUCAAACAAUAAAGUUGACAAAAACAAGGAGGAUAAAAAACGUUCCAAACCUGAUAUCAAUGAAUGUGAUCUAAAGACAAUAGUAAGUGUAAAACCAUAUGAUAUUUUUGCGAGUCAAAAAUUAGCAAAAAUGAUCAAUAACAAUACAUGUAACCGAGAGGAAGUAACGAAAGGAGGACAAAUAGAAAAAAUCUCAUCCGAAAAUACAAUACUCAGACAAUGCUCAAGAGACUUGGAGGAUGAAUAUGACUGCAACAGAAAGAAGCUGAAAAAGAAAAGAAAAGAAAAGUCUUUACAGAGUUUGUCCACAACAACAGAAAGUUUGUUCAACAAUAUUAUUGUAAUAGACAGAACUGUAAAAUAUAAGUUACAAGCAACAAAAUAUCACAAACCAAACCAUAUAGGUGAAAAAAUACUAAGGAACUAACAAGAAUUCCUCAAAGAAAGCGC